UACUGUUUGAGAUAUUUGGUGGAAAAGGAUGUGACACUGGCGAUUUAUUAUCCUAUUUUCAGCAUAAUUUGAUAUGUAAACAAAGAUUCUCAUCAUUUUGUGGAAAAAAAUGGAAUUUACAACGGAAAAUAUUUUGAUUUUGCUGAAAAGUCAACAUACUUUUCAGUUUGGCGUCAUUUCACUGUUUCCUGUGAUAUCUGUGUUUAUUUACGAAAUUUUGCUACCGGAAUAUGAGGCUUUGCAUACACCUUUCGGAACAAUAUGGUUUGCAUUUAAAAUAGUCACAGUUAUCGUCACAAUAAGUUUAAAAAUGGGAUUGAAAGAUUUCGACACCAAAACUAUUUUCCACGUUAUAAUAUUGAUAAUGUGGGUAACAUCAGCUACAUUUUCCAUGAUUAUUCUAAUGCCACCACUACCUAUACCCUGGACCAUUACUACGUUUUUACAUUUAUUCCAUACAAGCCCAAUAGCUGUAGCUACAAUAGUAAAUUUGGUAGUUCAUUUGGUGUUGUUUUUUUAUACAAUACGUGGAACAAAUCAAGACCAAAAACUCAAGAUCAGUAGAAUGGGUGCAUAUUAUAUCAAUAACAUCCCAAGAUUGCUAUCGAUUUCACAUAUCAUGUUUCCGUUCGUCCCGUUCAAUAUCCAUUUCGUAACAGAUAAUUUUCUACAAUAUGAACAUGAUUUAUGUAGAUUGAUUGGUUUUACAGCGUAUUUUUCAUUGUUCAUAACAAUGUUAUUUUGGAUAUUAAUAUUUGUGACAAUAUGUGUAACAUUUUGGGUUUCCCUUAAGUCCAUCAUUUGUUAAAUUAUGCACGUACCGAUGUUAUGCACAUUUGAUGAUAGGACCAAUCUAUUGCUGGUUUUAUGGAUGGAUGAUGAAUUUUUCCAUCGAAACGACGCAUUCAACAAUUACACAUCUUAUUAAUUUAUUUUCAAUUGUCCAUAUUGAUUACAUCUACACACAAAUGCGUAAACAUUCUCCAAAUGAUAACCACGAUGAUAACAAAGUCGAACAGAAAGCAACUGUGGAAGUAGUAAUUUUUAUAGGGGCCGAGGAUGUUGGAUCUAUCGAUCUUGCAUAAAUAUAUAUUCAACUGAUAUCAACAAAUGCCAUCAUCUCUGCCAAGUAUUGGGAAUACAUUUUGAACAAAUUCAAGAUCAAGAUAUCGCGCAGUGGAACAACGGAUCAAGAAUUCAACAUCAAUUCCAAACAAAUUUAAGUAGUAUGAAAACGCCGAUCCUGGCACACUUCGCCGAUUCUGGCACAUAGCGAUCAUUCACCUGAAAACAAAAAAGCACAAACAAACAAACAAAAUGCCUCGUCAUUGAAAUGUCUUGAAAUGUAUGAUUGUUGAUCGUACAAUCACCAUUCGCUUCAAUUGUUGGCAAUUUCAAAUAGUGAUCAUCGUUGGUGCAAUUGGUUUCAUUGUGAAAAUAGGCCAAAUAAACGCCGUCAAUUAUUUGAUGCAGGGCAUUUUUUAGGUGGUAGUUGUACCAGAAACUGGUAGUAGAAAAUCCAAAUUGGCAGUAGUUAUCAAGAAUUCUGGCAGUGAAAAUAUUUGAAUAAAUAUUUGAAUUUGCUAGGGAAUUUUGGCGAAAAAAUCGGUUUUACACUAGAUAGAAUGGACUUUCGAAAUCCGGUUUCCUUGAACCCAUUUUUGAAAAGUGGGAAAAUUAUUAAAAUUUGCUAAGGAUUUUUGUGUUUAAGAAAAAAUUCAAAAACCUGGUAGUAGUAAAAAAUCCUUAAAAAAUGCCCUGAUUUGAUGAUUGGCUUGGUCAUGUCUAUCGUCGCUGCCAGCACUCUGAUUCGAUCGCAUCAGUUUGGUGACAAUAAUUGGUUUGUUGUGCAAGUAGCCAAUAUUGCCACUGACCUGAUGUGCAUCUCGUGUGGCAAAUGUUUCAUUCAUCUCCAAAUAUUCCAAACUACCACUAUAAACGCCAGCGAUCAACAUCAACAGAGACACUUUAGCAACUAGCAUUAAACGCACUAUUGGUUCACUCUUUGUACACACUUUGACAUCACUUAUGCUCAGAGCAUUGAAACUGCUGCUGGUGAACAAUAUAUAUCUGCUGCUGGUGAACAGAUCUAUUCGACAGCAGCUGUUGCUUGCGUGCAUAUUCGCUGUCAUGCGCGUUUGUUCAUGUAUCGAUUCUCGCGCACAGUGUUUGUCUCUUUCAUUCACACGGAACCAGACAGAGAAGCAUAUAAAACACACGAGGCACGAACGGCAGCUAUGAGUGUGCACGCGCGCGUCGCUUACGACGUGUCUCGUGUGUUGUAUUCGCUUAUAUGUGUUAUAUAACAUGAAACGCAUUCAUAGCGAAAUGCAUAUGUAUAAGUUUUUACUUAUUCAUUAUAAUGUAUUUAGAUAGGACGCUAGCGCGGCCUGAUUCCAAACUGAUUUUUGAUGAAGAAACGAGAGACAAAACAAAUGAAACAAAUAUCAAUUUGUAUGUCAUUCAUUUUAAUAUUGUGGGAGUUUAACAAUCAUACACACAAAUAUUCAGUCGAAAAUUUACACUUUUAAUCAUCAAAAUGUUACAAUUAUUACCAGGUUCUUGCGGCUGCGUCCAUGCAUUCCUGGUCACACAAACUAGAUUUACAAAAAUGAAAAUCAACGAUUUAAUUGUCUUCAUUUUUAAAUCGUAAAUGUGAAUAUCACAACUGAAUUCAGUGGACUGAAUUUAAAUUUAUAGACAUAAGACGCGAUUUUUGCUUAGGCCAAAAAGUGCAUGGAUCAGCAAAACUUAUCUACUGUUUUAAGUUGAGGGGUAGACACAUGUUCAAAAUCAGAAAUCCACCUUAAAAUAAAAAAUUCUAUAAAUCAAGAGCCGUCGAA